AUGCACUGCAUGCCAUCAGACUCAGAUGAUGAGCCUCUUACAGCCGCGAUUGAGAGCGAAAAGAAGGGCGAGGAGAUUUUCAUCAAGAAAACGCAAAAAUAUGCAUCAGAUGCCCUUGGCUCCAGUCACAAAUAUGACAUGAGGGCAAAUCAAUUAAUCGCGAAGAGUCGUCGGAGGCAGAACAGAAUUGAGCUUGAAAAUCUUGAAAAGAAAAAGAAGAAAGAUUUUGCAGACUCAGACAGCUCUGAUGACGGUUUUUUGCAAGUGCUACACCGACCAAAACAGAAACCUACGGUUAAGAUGUCUGUAUCAGCGAACACUCUGAAAACCGAAAAGAGGGAUUCGUCCGACGAUGAAGCUUCAGGAAGAAGAUCGAAGAGGCGCAAGAAGAAGAACUCCGAAAGCGUAAUUAAAAUUAAAGAUGAUGCAGCAGAUUCUGGAAAUCCUGGUGUCCGAGUCGUUGAUUUAGGACUGAAAAAGGAAUUCGAAAAUAUUGAAAGAGAAAAAAGACGAGAUCGAAAGAAUAGCGAGAAAUCAAGAAAGAAGAGUAAAGGCAAGAAAAGUCCAGGUGUCUCUAGCCCCAUGGAUGUUGACAAUUCUUCAAACCGACCUGUUAAAGGAGAGCCGAUGAACCAAAGUAAUACUGUUCAACAGUCAAGAUCAGAAGUUCUCCGAGAAAGGGAAUCCAAGAAGAAAGAACAGCUCGAAAGAAAUCGUUCAAGGCUUCAGACUCUUAAAGACGAGAAAGACAAGAUCAUCAAAACUGUUGCUGAAAUCGACAGUCAAAUAGCUAAACUAGCGGCAGAUCGAGAGAAGCACAUGAAAGAGUUACAAGCAAAGGAUGAAAACAUUGAGAAGCUCGAGAAUUUCAAUCGAGUUCUCCAUCAGAACGGAUACAAUACUCCCCAUAAAAAGGUCGCUUCGAAAAAGUCUCAAGUCGGAGAUGAUAUGACAGAGUUUGGGCAGAUCACCCUCGAGAGUCGAAUUGGCAAGGGCCGACGGCUCCUUCGCCCGCUCAAGGCUGACCCCUCUAUCGAAGUGUCUGCCUACAGAGACAACCAGUUCAAGGGAACGCGCAAAGAACAAGAUCGUCUGCUCAACACCUCGUCGACUCUGUAUGUUGGAAACUUGAGUUUCUACACCACCGAAGAGCAGCUUACCGAGCUCUUUGGUAAAUGCGGCGACCUGAAGCGCGUGAUCAUGGGAUUGGACAAGGUCAAACGAACACCGUGUGGCUUCUGCUUCGCUGAGUACUACAAUCGGAAAUCGGCGGAAAACUGCUUGCGAUGGGUUAACGGAACCCGACUUGAUGAUCGAAUCAUUCGUACUGAUUGGGAUGCUGGAUUCGUAGAGGGCCGUCAGUAUGGCCGAGGAAAGACUGGUGGCCAAGUGCGAGAUGAGUACCGAACUGACUACGACCCUGGCCGUGGUGGUUACGGAAAGCGCGUUGAAGAAGGAGGCGCACGAAAGAGAAAAAUGAUGCGCGAUUCGGAUAAAGCAGACCGAUACGCGAAACGAUCUCGACACGACGAUUGA